CUGCGCUGCGAGGCACUGGACGGUAGAAAGUGUAAUGAUGCAAGGAAGAGACGAGGGCAGGGAUGGUAUGUAUUCUGGCUGAUUGGGCGGACGAGGAGGGGCGGGGCGGGGUGGUGGAGGCGGGGACGGGGGGGAUGAGGAAGCGAGAUGGUGGAAACGGGGGCGAUGAAACGGGGCGGGUGGCGGAUGGUGGGCGGCGGCGGGCGAGUGGAAGCGGAGAAUGAGGAGGAGAAGCGAGGGGGUGGAGAUUUCGGGGAUAAAGGGCGGAGGUGGGAUACUUGUACUGUAGCUACACGAGCACUGGAGACCGGAGGGGGCGGCGGGUGAGGAGGUAUGCAGCAGCAGUAGCAGCGAUGUGGGUAUAUAGUACGGUAAAGUAGUAGGUAAUGGGGGAGGAUUGUGUUGGUCCGUUGAUGUCUCGGGAGAGAGGACGAGGAGGAGGAGGAAAACAGCAAGCGCAGUGGAUUGGGUUGGACCCUCCGUGGCUCAGCUGGCCCGGUUCAGUUCAGUUCAGUCCAGUUCAUUUCACGAGUUCAUCUGCCCGCAGCAUCAAUUCCCCUUCGUAUCCACCCAUAGCCCACCCAUGGACCUCCGUGGAAGGCGGGGUGGAACUUCGCUCUCGAUUGGCGAGAUUGGCGUGGGUUUGCUUGUUUCUUUCUUUCCUUCUUUCCCUUCGGUCUUCUUUCCAGAACAACGCACGCAGCACGCCUAGCGCACGGACUACCUUUUGUUUCAAGAAAGGAGCGGCAAUUAUGACAUCGCCAUGCCGCAUUGUUUCAUCUCACCACGGACAUUCAGCACUCUACUGGCACAGUGCACUGGCUAGCGAGGACGCUCUAGAUCGUGGCAAAAGCAACUCAUCACCGGCAGCAUCGCCAGCGAGGAGGAAGGGAAGAAGAAGGAAGGAAGAAGGAAAUGAGAAGGAAGGCAGAAGGAAGGGAGAAGGAAGGGAAGAGGAACGGUUCAUGACGUGUCGGACUCAUCCACCCACUGCGCGCACUCCACAGUCCCACUGCACACCCCUCCAAACGAUCGAUCGUCAGAACGAUCCUGAUGUUCUAGAGCGUGGGGAUCACAUGCAUCUGCUGCACAGGCGUCUUGGGUACUUUCACAGUUACUGGCAGCGUGGUGAAACGCAGAAUACAUAGUACGGUGUGUACGCUCUCCAUCGCCGCCGGUAUGCAUCCCCGCGUUGUCGUCGCCGCAAAUUCGCCGCCGGAAUUGUGCACGUCUCGUCACCUUCGCUUAUCAUGCCCGCCGUCAUGCGUGCGUGCAUGGUAUUUUGUUCUAGAAUUCCAAUUCCCCGCAUCCGUCUCGCCGCUUUUUACCGAGUGGGCACUGUACAUAGCGCGUCGACGUCAUCACGAGUGAUCGCACUCCAAACUUCAAAGACCUUUGGAGACUCUGCUAUUCAUCGAAACAUCCAAUCAUU